AUGAGCGACAUCGUCGUUCUUUGGCGCGUGUGCGCAGUGUGGGACAGGAAGCGCUCGAUUCUCAGACUAAGCGCGGCACUGAUCAUCGCGACAAUCGGACUGAAUCUCGUAAACAUCAUCGACACCGCGAUUCUACAUACUUCUUGGGGAACUCCAGGCAGCACCGACUACGAGAACAUCGUCGAGAUCUAUGGCCAAAGCCCCGUUGGCCUCGCAGCAGUCUUUAUGUCCCUAGCCAGCAACAUCUGCGCGACUACGCUCGUCGGAUUCAAAGUGUGGCUCCACAGAAGACAGAUGUCAGAGUUCGCACAAUCGCACGGUCGGCGUUCGCUCACUAUCCGAGUGAUGGAACUCCUGGUGGACUCAGGCGUGGUCUAUACCGCCAUAUGGGUCUUAUACUGCACCAGCUACUUCAAGCGUAUCACGGUCGACUACGUGUAUGAAGCCGUCGGAGACGGUAUCGUGUUCUCCUUCGCAUCCACCGUUGACCACCUCAACGCAGCGAUGGCCCAGAUUACCUCCAUCUACCCUCUCUCCAUCUUCAUUCUCGUGGUGUUGGACAAGAUCCACCAUUCACGAGGCCCGCAACUCCUGAGCCACUCUUCUUUGUCUCCGGUCCGACCACACACGGCUGCCCUGACUAUUAUCAUCGAGGCGGACGCUGGGCGCGACGCGGACAUCCACGCUGGCUCGUCGCACUCGACCAAUGAUGCUGUUCAUGAUGGAGUUUCGGAUUCUUGCGGAGAGGUAAAGCUAGUUACCCAUGAAGCUUAA